UCAGGCAGGCCGGUCGGUCGUUGCUUGGUGCCCGCGCCUUUCCGCUGCGCUACGCGGCACAAUCGCACGGUGCACGUAGGACGGUUCGCGUGGGAGCGAGCGUGUGCGAGCGAGCGAGUAAGAUCAGAUCGUCGGUGCGCCACCCCCGGUGCGUCCGUCUUCUGCAGCGUGCGCGCCUUCUCCGCAUUCCGCCGGAACCGCGGUCGUUGCGUCGCGUCCUACCGUAUUCUCGCGCACCUUCCUCUCCGCGAGAGAGAGAGAGAGAGAGACGCGCCGAGCGGCGUGUCCGACGUGACGACCGUUAGAUCGCGCGCGGGGGAUCCACGAGGAGGGCCGGCGGGGGUGAGAGCUACGGCGUCGGGUCCCGCGGCGACUAUGCGCGUGAUCGAUCGCGCGCGCCUCCGCGAUCGGCCGGAGAUGUGAUACCGGAAGUAGGCCAGGCAGGGUUGACCUGCGUGGGCGGGCGUGCAGGUACGUACGGCCGCGGGUGCGUGCGUGCGAGUACGGCGCGCGUAGGCCGCGCAGGUGUGCCGCGUGCCAGGAGCCCCAGCAGUCGUAGAGAUGCGCGUCGCAGCGACGGCCUGCCCGACGUGCCCGUCAACGACGUGUCCGUCGUCGCCGCCGUCGGGGACCCUCCGUCGGUGCAGACCGAUCGCCCUGCGGCUGCUCUGCGUCGUCUUCGCCUCCUGGAUUAUCCUCGAUCGGCCAGCCCUCGGUCUGCCGGAUCCGCCGGAGCUGACGACCGCGGAAGAUCUAUCCGGCAGAGGCGUAAAGAAAUACAGCGACGAUUGCGUGGUGGACAGUGAAUGCGGCUUCGCGGGCUCUUACUGCGAACCGAAAAAGAACAAGUGUACCUGCAAAGAGGAAUUUGAGGCCACGAACCAUAUCGAUAAAUGCGGACACGCGGCAAAUGUGAACGAGUCCUGCUUCUUCCACGAGCAAUGCGAGGCGCGGGUCAGCCAAACGGAAUGCCGCGACGGCCGUUGCAUCUGCAUGUUCGAGAAGGUCCCGAUGACGCAACCCGACGGGGCAAUAACCUGCGUCGCCGAGGUCAAGGAACCGACCAGCGUGCAGUAUAUAGACCCGGCGAUGAUCGGCGUUCUCGUUGGCAUGGCACUGAUGUUCAUCAUCAUCUGCGUCGUUCUUAGACUUUUCAGCAGGGCCCGCUGGCGAGAGAAUCGCACCAUCUUUAACACACCCAACGCGCGCCUCAUGAACGUCUCGCUACUGAGAGAGAACAAACUCUUGCACGCUCAGGAGAGACGCGGCUCGAGAGCGAGCGUACGAGUUCCUUCGAGGCAGCCCUCGAUGGCGUCCUUAAGAGCCCACUCGCCGAACGCCUCGCAAGGGUCACGCGCAGGAUCGCGACGUGGGAGUCGCGGUAGCAGCGGGAACGCUUCGGCCGUCUCGGUGAAAUCUAACAAAUCGCCGAAUCAUACGAACAACGUCACCGACCCGGUCCUGGAGAACGUCACCGUCGAGAUUCUCGACGCGAAGACGUAGACAGAUGGUCUUAGCGUCGCGACAAACAAUCCGAUCGGCAUUACCGUUUAUCACUAGCCUCGCGUAGCGAACACACGCGCCUCCGCGCGCGUGCAGACCCGCGCCGUCCUAAUAAAUCCACAGCUCGCGAAUAAUUGGCCCCGGUUCUCCGCUUUUCCGCCCGACGGCCGAGAGGAAUGAAAAUUUCACGUUCGGUAAUGCAAAUGUCAUCGGUAAAUAGCUCGUCCAGUUAAAGAGGCAUCUACCAGUACGACGACAACACGAGUGUCGAGAUCUCGACGAGGUCGAUGCAUAAAUUGUCAGUAAUUGGGCUCGCCUAAAAUAUCUAUUGCGCCGCUUUAAUAUUAGCAGGAACUACGUGAAGCGACCAUCUGGCCGGAUUAAUUGCGAGAGAGGAUCUUUCCGGGGGCGCGUCUUAUUUUGUCAAUUCGAUGUUCCUCGUACUUCCGCUGGGAUCCGCGAUUCGACGUCGCCACUGGGACAUCGAUUUUAGACCCGAUCUUUCGUUUCUUCGGCGAUUCGAUCGAUUCAUACUUUCAGAUCUCGGCUAGAUCCACCAGCUAUCUCGAUUAAGGUAUCAAACUAACGAUCUGUUUCAAUGAGCCGCGCAAAGAUAGAUACACGUGAGACGCGCUUCAGUUGCAAACUAUCCUAGAGAAGUUUACUACCAAAGAAAGAACGUCGUUAGCAUACUUCAGCCAAUCACGUUGCGCGAUGACACUCGAGAACCAAAGUGAUCGUCGUGUAUCUCUUUGCACGACAAUGAUACGAUGGUCGCAUCCGAUUAUCAGCCACGGCUUCUCGCCCGUUCGCUUCGUGGUAACUGUUUCAGGUAUUCAAAGCGCACUCUGUAACGCGACAAUUAACGCGAAAGGCGAUGGACAAUUAUCGAGGCUCACCUCUAACGUGAACACUUCUCGGACCAAGCGGUCUCGGCACCGCACUCGAUCGUUCUGUUUAACGAGGAACGCAGUCAUACGUAACACGCAUCGUAAUUGCUACCAUCGCGUAACAUGCCAAUGUGUAAUCAGGGUUGCGUGGGGGAAGCGAAGCGCGAUGGACGUUCGCAGAGAGUGUCCCGCGAUGAGACGAACAGCCCCGCUGAGAGAAAUAUCCUGUCUGAUUGGACGAUCCGAUUAAAAAGUAAAAAUCGGAUAUAUCCGAUCGGGUGCAGAAUCAGGUCCGACCAUUUCGUCCACUUCGUCCGAUCGAGUCGCGCCUUUAUCCGAUGAAAAUUACAUCGGGUAAAAGGCGACUAAUUUCCCGAUUAAGUUUCAUCGAUAACUGCGUCGGCAACUUCAUCGGAUACUUCGUCGGAAAAGGUGCGGCUUGAUCGGAUGAUAAAAGUAACAAUCGGGCGUAUCAUUUGAUCGGUUUAUCCGAUGGAAAUUUUUCUCAGCGCCGGGAAGGAAAACGCGCGUUAACGUCUUCGCGUUAGAAGAAAGCGAGACGGAAGGUGGCGGCCGAGGAAGCAAGUCGGGGGCGUUAUUAAUUUCCGUCAUUAUCGAGGUGAAAAAUCGAGUUAGCGAAGCGACGACACGAUGAUCGUUCUCCUCGACCGCCGCUGGUCGCGGUGGACGGCUCGUCGUCAGAUCGUCGGGAGGGAGCGAGAGGCGCGAGGACGAUCGUCCUCGGACGUCGGAGGGAACGAACGGACGCGGUGAGACGCGCAAGCCUUUUUCUCUGAAAGUUUUUUCUCGGCGCGACGCGACGCGACGCCGCGUCGUCGGGGCGCGAAGGGACGACGAUCGCGGGAUCAAUGAUUAAAGUCCAUUUACAUCGAAAGCGAGACGCUGCGAUACUCGGUUGCCGCGACAUGCCAACGCGAAAGGGACCAGAGGGGAGCGUUUGUUUGAAGUGCCACCUCGGGAGGAGGAGGAGGAGGAGGAGUGCGUGAGAAGGUGAGAAAGAGACGCGGUGGCGCGUUGCCAGAUUCACUAAGACGAUGCCACGCGGCGGCGAUUAAGCGCAUUCUGACCAUACAAUCGUAGUGCGUAGUACUUAAUGAUAAUCACAUUAAUUAGACGUUAAAAUCGGCGCACGACUUGUAGACCACGAGCGAGUUUCCGCGAGACGCACGGACCUUCCCCCCCACCCCACUUAGCGGAGGGGGGAGAAAUAGCGUUUGGGCGAAUUUUUCUUCGAGGAUCGGUCGGACUUUCUCUAGAGGCUCUGUUCUCGCGCUUACUUCGAGGAGUUCAUUGCGACGUUCGCGUUAACGAUUAGCGAAGAACAAGAUGAAAGAGAGAGAGAGAGAGCAAGAGAGAAGCGUGGAAAGGAGUUCAGAGGCUUUUCCGCUUUUUUCAAAGACUUUGUCGCAAGGUGUGGACGUGUACUACGUAUUGUAUCGGGAAAGCUCGUCGAGAAACGCAGACACCACGCCGGUGAUUCGGGGAGCCGCGGGAAAUUUGGAGGGAUUUUACCCGAGCGACUAUUUAUUCGAGCCGAGGACUUUCCUCGCGUUUUCUCUCUUUCUAUCCGGGAAACCGGCUCGCCAUUUUUUUCGCGUCGUUCGUCGCGAGACGGUCAAAAACCGUGGGUGGGUCCUCUAAUCACGCGCCUCGCCGAAUUAACGGAGCGACGCGGAAGAUCGACGGUGAAUCGUAGAACGACCAAGGGACACGCUUACGUAUAUUCGUAGGCGCGUUCGUUUUUUGCAUCACGGCGACAUUUUGGGCGUCUCGCGGUACCGAGCUUACCGCUUCGGUACGGCCAUGACCCGCGAGUGAUAAAAACGCGCUGUCAAAGAGUCGCGAGUCGACGACGCUCGCCGGCUGGUUCGUUGCCGCAAAAGGGAAGAAGAAAGGGUGACGUCGUAGACGUUCGGAGGCACGUAGUCGCUAACGACAUUAACGACAUCGACAAUGCUAAAUAGCUUAAUGCGGGGUUAGACGUCGCGUUCACAGAAACCCUUGCCGCUUUCUCUUCAUUAACAACGAGAUUAGAUAAGAGGGAGAGGGAGGUCGAAGAGGAAAACGAAUGUCGAGAGAGAGAGAGAGAGAGAGGAAAGAGAAAAGAAAGAAAAAAAGCAGAGCGAAAUUCUGAUGCAAUUGGUGAUAUUGCAAGAUUCAUCUUGAAAGAUUGUUAUCUCUCUCUCUCUCUCUCUCUCUCUCGUUAUCUCGUUUCCUCCGAGCCCUCUGUCGCCUGCGACACACAGCCGUUACAUCGGUGGCUUCCCAUUUAGUGACACAAGUCGACACAAGCAUCAUUUUGUUUCUGUUCCACAUUCAAUGAGCAAACAAAGACAGGAUGAUGCGUCGACUCGCGCCGCUAACCGGGAAGCGGCCGUUUUGGAUCUCGCGUUCACGGCGCAUCUUCGUCGCUAGAAAUGCUCUCCGCAACUUCGUUAGAAAUAGUAACACGCCGCCAACACGACGCCACAUAACCGGCGAAUCGACAUCUAAUCACGCGUGUCCGUCUGCCGAUCCGCUCGAGAUCCGCGGAGGCCGCCGGAUGUCUGGUGUCGCGCGGAGAGGAGCCCCUGUGUGGAGCGAGCGAGGCAGCAUUCUCGCGGGUUCGUCACAAACGUUUCCGACACACAGACACGCGACUUUGUAUAUCGGUAUCUUAUCAAUCGCACAAGAGUACGUUAUAUCUCGAUAUAUAUCGAAAAGCUUGUCCUACCGCGGCAGAAUCGCGGAGGCAUACGGGCGACGGUAGUCCAAGUACGAUUGUAUCUCAGCAAUUUAGUGCCUGCGCUGUCGCGUUCAUAGUGAUAGAUCUCUAAAUUUAUCGACCGGACACUCACGGCAAAACAGAGGAAAUACAAAGAUAUACAUAUAAAUAUAUAUACAUAUAUAUAUAUAUAUAUAUAAAUACAAAAAAAAAGAUAUAUAUAUAUAUGCAGAUCAUCGCGCGAGAUGAUCUCGAUUUAAGUACACUGAUAAUUUGCGUACCUAUACGUACACACGAUUAUCAAUAAAAGCUUGGCACGCUAUUUGCACCGUUAGUAAAUUACUUCUAACGCCUAGCGACUGUCUCCACUCUGUGAUCCGUGUGCAAUACGUAGCUGCGAUUACCCUCGCGAGCAUUGUCGUGAUUAUCGUUACCGUUAUUAUUACCCGUCGCUUUACCGUUAAUUACCCUCUCUGUCGCUCUAUAAUUAUUAUUGCAUUAUUAUUAUUGCCGCUCUUAUAUCGUACAUCAUUAUAGUUGCUGCCGCCGUUAAAACUGCUCCCGCGAGGAGCGCCGUGCAAACGACUCGCUUUAUGUAUCACGACCCCCGCACCUGACAUCCUCUGCGUUUGAAAUUCGUCAUUCUCGCGGCACGUGUCUCACGGCCGCCCGACUUUUCACGUCCGGAUCGAGGGAAACGUUGUUCUUAGUGUCGUUAUUAUUAUUAUCUUCACUAUUACCGGUACUUUUAACGCGGAGAUGCGCGCGCGCGCGCGCGCGGCGAAGCGGAGGACGCGUCGCCGUCGCCGCGCGACUUCUCACCGAGGGAUGCGUGCGUGCGUGCGUGCAUGCGUGAGUUGACAAAUUAGCGCGUAAGGUAACAAUUAAUCAAUCGGAUAAUCGGUCAAUCGACGUGGUCGCGGCGCCGGCCCGAUCCGGCAACGAAACUCGGGGAAGGUUUCCGUUACGGGGUCGCGCGGGUUCCCGGCGACGUUGGCGUUGACAUAUCGUCUACAUAGUGAGUCUAAGCUGUCGGUUGUCAAAGGACACCCGCGAUCUAUCGAAGUCGCGUGACGAUCCACUGAGAAUCUAGGACGAAUCACGGCCCAUCGGUAGCGUGAUGACGAUAGAAAGGGCGAGUGAAUCCUUUCUCUCUCGAGCUUUAGGGGUUAAUACAAUUAUUAUCGUUACUAUUAUGAUUACUAUCACUAUUAUUACUCGUAGGGUAGAGUUUGACGCUUCGACGAUGCGGAGAUGUGUGUGUGUGUGUGUGCGCGCGCGUGUGUGUGUGUGUGUGUAUUCUAAGUAACACUUUACUCGAUAAUCACAACUCGACGAGUGUAUUCAUGAGCAAGUUUCGCGCACAGACCUUUCUUUCCGCCCUUUAAGCAAAGGAAGGAAACACGGAAAAGGAAAAAAGUAUAAAAAAACAAAAGGAAAAAAAACCGAAAAAAAAAAGAUACACAAGACGAGGAGGAUGUAAGACGUUCGGAACAAGCAGAGUGCCUAUUCUCUAAUCACUCGAAGACGCUCGCUCACUUUUGUAAGCCUCUCUCUAUAUAACUCUUAACAAGUAAGGAAAUUUAAGACACACGUACCGCACACUCUACGAUCGUUUCUCGGCAGAAGCUCGAUGUCAAUAGAGAUCACGACGUUUUUUCUAAAAGCGUUAGAAGACACCUCUUCGUGACACGUCGACACGGUCACGCGUACGCAGAGCCGUAAUUUCCUUCGCUCGCCGCCGGAAACCAACUUUGUUUUCGCGCGUCGCGAAGUACGCCCGACGCUAUGCGCGCGACAUCAGGCGAGAUUUUAAUCGCCCCCUCUCCCCCAGCUCUCCCGAGAAUUAUGAUUGUUCGUAUUAUUAUUCGUUGGACGGGCCGCGUAGAGAGAAUUAGAAGCCCGAGAGAAUUAGAAUCUAGCCCGUUCUGCGGUUCGCGUCCAAAAAGUGUUUGCGCAUUAUCGCGUGCCAAAUGCGAUUCAUUGUACUCAUCGUUGCAAUCGACGAGCCCGCCUGGGGCGAUCGUCCCGACGACCAAUGAUGACUGUAGAUUAGGACGAGCUCGGCGAGCUUUUCCUCGUACCUUAACGGGAGGCCGACGACGACGACGCGGGCUGAACGACGCCGUGAUCCAAAUAUGGGGAAGUGUUUGGAUCAUCGCCCGUUCCCCGAGGAACAUCCGGACGGAGGGGAAUUGUCAAUUGUCGCGCCAAGGUUUCGAGCGAAAGACCCUCGGGCCGCGCAAGUAAUCUACAAUUGUUCAUUGACCAAGUAUCCUAGCUCACGAUAAGGGAAGUAUUCUCGAGAAUCCGAAUAGAAAAGAUGAGGAAUUAGCGACACUCUAUUACGCCAGGGCGUGCGGAGCAUUGAGGAAUUUACCGCGAAUAUCGCGCGUCUCCGUUCGACUUCGCGCGCUCCGCUCGGUGUCCCGCGGGUGCCCCAGGUGUCGUGGACGCGCGUCGGAGGUCGUCGCGUCGCGAGGUCGAAGAACACGUCGGCGUCGACGAGCCCGUCAUCCGUGACGGCGAUGAUCGGUGCGACGCAAACGACGGGCACCUCGAUGACGAGCGCGCGAGCUCGAUCGGGAGGCGCGAUUUCUCGACGGUCUCGGGAAAGGAGGAAAGGAAGAACAAAGACGACCCUUCAUCGAGUACAUACGACGUCCUCACCCACGAGUUUCUGAUUUUAGUAUUUGUACGACUUUUGCGUAUCUCUUCUCGGACUCAGCACGGAUGUAUCGUCACCCACCAAGAUAUAUAUAUAUAUAUAUAUAUAUACACGAUAGACACGAAUUACCGCGCAAUCGUGUAUCCUUAAGCCGACGAGACACGUCGUUUCUUCUUACAUGUAACAAGCGAUAAGAGUCUAAUCUAAGCGCUGAAACUGCUUGCUCCUGAGAGACUAUGCGGUGUACGCGUAUCAAUAUUCUAUUGUUAAGCUUCUGCGAAACGCUAAAAGAGAGUUAAACGUAUGAUAAAUAUAAAUAUACGCAUAUAUCUUCUGGUGGUACUUUACGCUUGUAUUUACUAUAUUGUCCACGAGAUAGAUAGAACCACUUCUGUCUGUCUUACCGUCGCUCGAGUAGCAGAUCGACGACGGUACUCACGACACAUUGUGAUCUAACUCAUAGGAUAUAGAAAUUUUUAAUAAUAUAUAUACAUAUAUAUGCGUUUAAAUAACAAAAAAAAAGGAAAGAAAAUAAAGCAGACGACGAGUGCAGUACUCGUUGGGAACUAGAUGCCGCGUGAUUCGCUUUACGAUCUAAACGUCAACAAUGCGACGUUCGGUUGACGAUUUACGCGUAAGUUUACGAGUAAGCUCUACAUAUGAUUACAACGCUGAUUAUAUACACCGAUAGUAUCUAAGUAUACCUUACGUAGCGUCAGUUUUUAGACAGAGACCGAAAACUCACUUGCGAGAUGCAUCGUAGGUGUCGUUGCAAAAAAAAAUGAAAAAAAAAAUAUAUAUGGUACCGGCUAAUCCGAGAGCGCUAACGUCCAGCGAUAGCGUCGAUAGCGGUUAUUUAGAAGACACUAGGUAUGAUUGGGUGCGGGUAAAAAAAACAACAAAAAAAAAACACACACAUACGCGAGUCCCUCUUUCUCCAAUCUUCAAUAUUUUAUAAAGUCCGGUACGUGGAAAAACGAAGGUGGAUUAUAUAUCAUCAAACUAUGACCUACGUCGUAAUUAUCUAUAUAUACUGACUUUAUUAGCGGCUUAGCGUACCCCGUAAUCUUUAUAUCAUACUUUUCAUAUUAUAUAGCUUACGACGAUUAAUGAGUAAUCUAUACCAAAAAAUGUAUCUGAAACUCAAUUAUAUUCUGACUCUUCGAAUUCGUUUUAAUAAAAUCUUAAUACACUGUA